CGACCAUCAAUCAAGGAAUUCAUGUGAGCGCCUGCUGAACGGCUCCAAGCCUUAUAAAAAGGGAUUUGAAAAUGCUUUGGAAACUUGCUGAUAAUGUAAAAUAUGAAGAGGAGUGUGAGGACCGACAUGAUGGUAGCAGUAAUGGAAACCCAAGGUUACCCCAUCUGUCAGCUGUCAGCCAACACCUGUACAGUCCAGCUCCCCCUUUGUCACACUCGGGGGCUUCAGAUUUCCAGCCCCCCUACUUCCCACCUCCAUAUCAACCUCUAUCCUACUCACAGUCCGCUGACCCUUACUCCCAUAUAGGAGAUCCAUUCGCCUUUAACCCAAUCCAUCCAUCUCAUGCCCCUCCAAGUCAACAACAGGGAUGGCCCAACAAACCAAACCAAGACCAAAGUGGAAUCUCACAUCACCACCGACCCGGACUUGUCCACCAUAUCCCUUCUUUGGAUUCUGGAAACUCAAGGUUGGGAAGGGACUCCUAUCGAAGGCCAGAUAUCCUUCUACAGCAUGGUCAUGGGAUGGACUCAUCAAGCCUUGCAGAUAACUUGGGCCUCCCAGAUAUUGGCCAGCAAAUGGAAGAUGUUGUGAGCUUGGAAGAUCAAAAUUUAAUAAUGCAUGACCAGACAGUCAUUAAAAAAGGUCCCAUCUCCAUUGGCAAAAACACUCUAAAUAUGCCUUAUCAGAAGGAUGGUCUCCUGGGAAUGGUGAUUAACCCAAAUGAAGUCUUCUGCUCGGUACCUGGACGUCUUUCACUCUUGAGUUCCACCUCAAAAUACAAAGUUACUGUAGCAGAGGUCCAGCGCAGACUCUCACCUCCUGAAUGCUUGAAUGCAUCCUUACUUGGAGGGGUCCUAAGGAGAGCAAAAUCAAAAAAUGGAGGAAGAUCAUUGCGUGAGAAACUUGAGAAAAUUGGUCUUAACCUUCCAGCUGGGCGACGAAAAGCAGCCAAUGUAACUCUACUUACCUCAUUAGUAGAAGGUGAAGCUGUUCAUCUGGCUCGGGAUUUUGGUUACGUAUGUGAAACAGAGUUCCCCUCAAAAGCAGUAGCGGAGUACUUAAACAGGUCGCACAUGGAACGGAAUGAAAUGGCGAACCGGAAGAACAUGCUUCUUGCAGCAAAACAAAUCUGUAAAGAAUUCACAGAUCUCCUGACCCAAGACCGAACACCACUUGGUAACGCGAGACCCAGUCUUAUCUUGGAACCCGGCAUCCAGGGAUGUUUAGCUCACUUUAGCCUAAUUACACACGGUUUUGGAAGCGCUGCGAUCUGUGCUGCCAUGACAUCUGUCCAAAAUUACUUGAACGAAGCAUUAAAACUUGCAGACAAAAUGUAUAUGAAUGCUGGCGACCAGAGUCCAGGGGAUGGCAAUAAAAAUAUUGACAAGAUGGACAAGCACAGGAAGUGACGUUUUUGGUAAAUUUCAGGACAUCUUUUAUACGUUUUAUUUUACAAGUGGGUUAAUAGAGGUUUGAACAGUUUAUCCCUCCUAAUCCCCAUUUUUGACAUGACGAAGGUGCCAACGGACAUCCAUAACCCUGCUGGCAUACUAUGGGGACAGUGUUGUGUUCUGCACUCCUGGCACUGCCCUUUGUCGUGGAAUAUUCUCUCUUUGCAGAAAAAGAAAAUGGUUUGUCUACUCCUUUCUCCAGCCUUUGCCUCCACCGCUCGCACAUUUCAUUGCCAAAUUCUCAAGAGGACUUCAAAUCAGUGGUGCAAGCAUUUUCGCAAGGUCUUUGGAAGUAACCAAACUUCUCAGGCAUGCCAAAUGGGGCUUGAAACUGUUUAUUUUGAUAUUACCCGUAUGUCUGACCAGAUCUGCAAAUAGAUGUUUAGAAAAUGUUUGUCACUUUAAUUUUUUUUUUCAUUUUUUUUUUUUUAACAAAAUUCAAAAAUGUUAAAACCAAUCUAGGCAAUGUGAGAAAAAAAAUUCAAAUUUAAAAAAAAAUGUAUUUCUACAGAAAGAGCGAAGACAUUUCACAAGCUGAUCCCCCAAGUAUCAUUCUUUAUUUUGAUACAAUAGAUUUUUAUAAAAGUUUUUUUUUUCUUUUUACUAGACUGUUAUUGUCCACUAUUUAAACAUGUUCCAUAAUUGCUAUAGUUUAAUUUUAAAUUACCUCUCCACACCCUCGUUAUUAUGUCUAUAAAUGUAUAGAAAUACAGGUACUACUGAAGCUUGGUCUAAGAAAUUGGCAAAGUUCUGAUUAGAAUUAUGUGAAAAACCAAACUUAAAGUCCAGACGUUUUAGUCUAUCAAUGUAUUAAACAAGAAUAUAUAUUGGUGUAAGGGAUGUAAAUGCCUCUUUUCCUCGUCCCCAAUUAAGCCAGAACUUGUUGCACACCCUUUAGGACAACCAUUAGCCAUUUUUACAGGAAUACUUAUGUUACAUAGCCUGGGCAAAGAAGGUCCAAAACUUUUCGUAACUUUUUUCAGAUCUUUAAUCUGGCUCCGGAGCAGGACUGUUCAAACACUGGACUUAAAGAUCUUGUUAAACUACAGUCCCAUGAACCUUUUGGCCAAUAUACUGGAUGUGGCUGGAAUAAAAGUCAUGCUAAUUUAAAGUUUGAAAAUCUAAUAGACAAAUGGGGAAUAUGGUGUACUUUAAGGGUGUGCAGUGUUUUUAUUUAAUUUUAUUUUUAAAUAUUUUUUUAAUAAAGUCUUAAGCCUUUUUGUUUAGGAAGGUGCUGUUAAAAUGAGCCAUUUCUUAACAAAUGGCAUGUCUUUCAUUUUGAAAUAUUUUUUUUUUUUUCACCCCCAAGUAGGAAUGGGUAAUGUUUGCUGCCAAAGCCCAUAAAUUAGGCCACUUUGUAGGGUUUAUUCACUAAACGGUGAAUUGUGGUGAAUCGAAUGCCAUUUUUUGACAGAAUU